UGGGGUACCAAGAUAUCACAUCAAUUGCUUUAAGGCGCUGGGCUUGUUCUAAGGCGGUAGGCUUGUUAUUAUCAAGUCAUUUACACUGCCCCAUACGCCGUAUAACAACGAAAACGUUUUCUAUUUUACGCGACACGUCACGUAUCCCCAGAUAGCUCUACUUUUGUCCCCUGGCUUGCCCAAGUAGCUAUUCGGAAAGGAAGUGCCAAGCUAGGGUAUCACAGUCGCAGAUCUUGCAGUGAAGGGUUGCGAUUUACAGCCAGCUAAGCACCUAAAAAGUACUUAGGCGCAUUUCCCCCCUUCUUGUUCCUGCAGUUUCUUUACUCACCCUCUACAGAGCGUAAGAAAAGAAAAAAAAAACACUACCAUACUGUGUUACAUCUUACAGCAUCAAAUCUAACAAAGACUUCAUAAUAUCAGACUGCAUCAUAUCGCCCACAUUUUACAAUACCCUCUCAAACAGUCUUAACUGAAAGAAGAGUCUCUUUUGGCCCACAUCGUACGUCAAAAACGGCAUUUGGAACUGGGUCAGACUCGCCUAACACAGCCCCCUUCAAACGCACCCGCGCUGCGCCACGCUGCGAGGCAGACUCGGAGACUGGUGGUCGAGUGCAUUCAACCUUGCCAAACUUGGGGUUUCUAAAGACAGAAACAACUUACGCACCAUGGAUCAUCAAGCUAUACAAGCUGCAGGGUCGGCUCGCGGCCGUUCACCAUCCGCCGGGAAUCAGCAGUCUCAUAUAAGAAAUAGUCAUUCUCCUUCGCCUCAUCCAUAUCAGUCCCCGGAGUCAUCGAUCGGUCUCGGCAUUGGCAUAGACCCCUCAUCAGUGAAUCCCCAGUUCACCUCCGAUUUCAACAUUUACCCUAGCGACAACGGUGGCGGCCAGUUUUUGGAUCCAGCGCAGUCGCAAUCUUUCGACCCACAGGGCAUUGCUGAUCCGACAUCGUUUGGACUUAACCAAGACUACUCGCAGUCUCUGGCGGCUCAAUCGCAGGCCGCGUUCUCCCAGAGCCUUCUAGGUUCGGAUUUUAAUAACAGCGGCGAUUUCUCGCUGUUCCCCCAAACCUCCCAGGGUGACCAGUUCAGUACACCUUUAUUUGGUGAUCUGUCUCAAACACAUACGCAGUCUCUUGACCCGAACGACCUGACGAACAUGACGUCCCCGCAAACACACCACUCACCUACCCCUCCUCAUCUUCUAAAGCCAGAACCCGGUUCGGCCCACCAGUCUCCAUCUUUCAACCAACAUCAAUUCUCUUCUCCCGGUCAUUCGAGGCAUGCAUCAUUGGGUCCCGAGGCUGCUCUUAUGCCGGGCCAGUUAGAUUGGAGCCAACCACAGUUCCAGGGACAUAGAAGGACACCGUCAGAAUAUUCGGACGCAUCGUCGGUUGCCCCAUCACCAAAUUUGACUGGCCACGAUAGCUUCGAGCACCCAGAGCACGGACAUUCGCCCAUGCAGCGACCGCAAGAGUUUUACGAGGGGGUUGUAGGACUAGGUAAUUUUAGUAUAACAGGACAUAAUCCAAACAGCCGCAGUCCAUCCCAUAGCCCAGCGAUCUCACCUCGAAUACUCCCUCAGCAGAUGCCUGAUGCCAGUCAGCAAGGUCAGAACAUGAUGUUAAGUACGGGAUAUUCUAACCACCCUAUGAGCUAUUCUAUGCAAACGUCGGAAGAGUUCCCUUCUUUAUCUCAGGAAGCACCAAUAGACCCUUUAAUAGCUCAACCUAUGGCUCCCCCGUCUAUCAAUAUCGACUUCGCGCCUAAUUCCCGGCAAAAUAGCUUUGAGCCUCCCAAGCCGCCAAUGGAUGCUCAGUCUCUAACCCCGCCUGAUAGAGGUCGGCCACGAUCUCGGCCACGGUCAGUUACGGACCCCUAUAAUAGUGGAGGGGCUGUCCUCUCGAGACCCAACACCCCUGGAAACCUGUCGCCACACCUCGGCGCCGAUUUGGCCAACCGCAGCCGUUCCGGAUCCGAGUCUUCAACUCGUUCGCUUUCACCUGGAGACCGAUCAGGUAGCGCCAAUGCUGUCUCCAGGAGACGCCAAUCUAUGUCUGCGGUCCCCAACAAUGUAAUAGCUCUCCGUCUAGCAGACCCGGAAUACCAAGCUGCUCAAGAUAACGGAGGAACGAAGCGGGUUCAGAAACAUCCUGCCACUUUCCAGUGUACGCUUUGCCCAAAGCGCUUUACCCGAGCAUAUAAUUUGCGAUCCCAUCUCCGCACUCAUACCGACGAAAGGCCCUUUGUAUGCACGGUCUGUGGAAAGGCAUUCGCCAGGCAACAUGAUCGCAAACGUCACGAGGGUCUUCACUCGGGCGAAAAGAAAUUCGUUUGUAAAGGAGACCUCAAAGCCGGUGGACAAUGGGGCUGUGGGAGACGGUUUGCUCGCGCAGAUGCUCUGGGUCGACAUUUCCGAUCAGAAGCAGGCCGGAUAUGCAUCAAGCCAUUACUGGAUGAAGAAAUGCUUGAGCGACAACGGCUAUGGCAGGAGCAGCGAAUGCAGAGUAUGGCUCAGAACAUGGCUCAACAGCAGCCAGUCAUGGAUCCCAAUGUCUAUCCUGGUAUGGAGACGAGUGGCUACGCCUUACCUGCUGCCUUAUUGGCACAGUAUCCUGCACUAGCGCAGAUGAACUGGGGCCAAACAGCCGACAUGGGUAACGUGGAGGACGAGCUUAGUGGCCGUUCUAGCUUUGAUGCUUCGGAUUAUGACGAUGGUGACGAUACGGGUUACGUUAGUGGCCCGGGUACAGGAUUCGGAGAGGGCGGUUUACAACAAAAUUUUGGGGAGCAGAUCGGCUAUGCUAGUGAUUACGGUGGUCGCUAGCAACGCUAGUGAUUUCUUCAACCAUCAUCAUCAAAUGUCUUUCCGAACUGAGCAGUAUUAAUCUCAGGAUAAAUUGGAGUUUUCACGAAUAUAUAGGAACGGCUGUAUGGGUUCUGGCGCUCAGCGGGAUGACUUUCAUGAUGACUACUGCCUUAUAAUCGAGGCUGCUCUACUCCUGUUAGAUGGCAUGAUAGAUACCAAUAUUGAAAUUCUAUUCUUUUUCUGUAUUCAACUACGAAUUCCGAUUUCACGUUCCUGGGCGACAGUCGAGCCUGUGAUAAAUACCCUUUACGCAGAGGAAACUAAUAGGAUGGCAUACGCCUAAUAGAACAAGACGCAGUUGAGUUGGGGUCGAAUUUUGCUGAUGGAUUCGUGGCAGGGUAUUUCAAAUAAGCGUUUGAUUAUCCCCACGAUUAGCCUUAUUGAACUUCGCCACGUGGGAGCGGCUGCAUCUAAGAUCAUCCAAGACGCGGACGGGGUGGCUAUGAUGUGAGUUUAUUCUAACUUACAGUGACGAUAUAUGCAAGGUACCCUGAUGUGCAUGCCUUGCUGUAAUUGGCUUGCUAUUUUAGGAUACUGGCGCU